GCCUGCUCGCGGCGCGAUGGCCUCGCUCCGGGCUGAACGCGCAGCCGGCGGCCCGCGGCUCCCUGCGACCCGCGCGGGGCGACCGGCUGCGCUCCGCCUCCUCCUCCUGCUGGGCGCUGUCCUGAAGCCCCAGGAGUCCCUGGCUCAGGUUCCUUCCACUGAAAGCAGCUUGAAGCCAGAAGGUGUGUACCCGCCACGGCUCUGGGACGGUGACCUGGGACAGCGAGAAGAGCCAGAGGACAAGAUGGAGAGCUAUGAGAGGACUAUCCAGAUUUGCUGGCAAUCUUAUAAGGAAGAGAUGGACUCUAUCCCCAAGGAUUGGUGUGACUGGGCCAUGAUUAGCAGACCUUAUAGCGACCUACAGUAUUGCCUGGAGCAUUUUGCAGAAGAAUUUCAUCUGGGCUUCCCCAAUCCCUGGGCAGAAGAGAUCAUCUUUGAGACUCACCAGAUCCACUUUGCCAACUGCUCCCUUGUGCAGCCCACCUUAUCAGACCCUCCGGAGGAUGUGCUCCUGGCCAUGAUCAUAGCCCCCAUCUGCCUCAUCCCCUUCCUCGUCACCCUUGUGGUGUGGAGGAGUAAAGACAGUGAAGCCCAGGCCUAGGUAUGAGUUUUUCCACAGCCAUCUUACUCCUUUUCCUUGCCACCACCAGGUCUCUCUUCCCCUCCCUGCCUCCUACUGUCAGUCCCACACCUACCACAGAUCCUUGGACUGAUGAAAGUGGAAACCCAGUGGUGUCAUGGCACAAGUUCUGUAAUCUUCAAAAUAAAACUUUUUUUGUACUGUC